AUGAAGUUUUUUGCACUCAUCCUCACUAGCUCCUUCUCUUCCGCACUCGCCGUGGCCGCUGGCAAGGCCAAGUCUGCCACCGGAGGCUUGUUGGCCGAUGACAAGCCAACCAAUCCGUGGUUGUCGCUCCUGACCAAGAGUUGGGCUUUGCCAGGCGAGAGCCAAGAGGAGCAGAGUAAGGGGCUGGAUGGACUCGCCAGCAGCAUUUUGGCCUUGGCCAAGAAUCACAAGAGUGGCGCCCCCGAUGAGGAGAUGAAGGCGGCUGUGGAGAGCAUCUCGCAGAUCUUGACCGACAUGAAGGACUCGGUGACCACCGGCAACGCCGCCGCGCAGCAGGAGAUCAACAAGAAGCAGUCUGCCGUGAAGAAUUGCAGCGUCCCUGCCGAGACGAGCAUGCCGGACUUCGAGGCCACUCUUCACCUGGGCGUCAAGGAUGUCCUCGACUGCCGUGCCGACGAGAAGAGCUACUAUGAUGCCUACCAACAUUGCCUCUCAGAGGAGGCGCGAUGCGCCAACACCACGGAAUGCUGUGUGGAUCUCAUUCAGCCGAAUCCCUAUUGCCUGAGUCCUCCCAGCCCUCCUUCGCCUUUGACGUUCCAGUCGGAGUGUGACACUGCAUGUGAACAUCGGGAUCCCGCCCAGAAGAAGCAACGAACAUCCAGUUCAGGACACCGCAGGCUUUGUGGACGAACCGUUUUGGUUCAGCCCAGACCCCAACACCUUCCGAGGUCCAGGUCCAAGUGCCGAGAAAAGGACUUGGACAACAAGUUGGCCUUCUUUGAGUUGAAGUUGCAAGAGUACAACGAGGCCAGCUACGCGUGCGAGCAGUCCCGCCUCGGCUGCAACAGCUCCUACACUUGCCAGCUGAAGCAAGAAGCCUGGAAGGAGAAGCACGCCUUGUGCAAUAGCAACCAGUCCGCCUUUGAGCAGGCCUACUGCGACCUUGCCGGCACACAGGAGGCCCACUGGGACACCUACUCGUCAUGCCAUGCAUGCAGUGUGCAAGCCUUGGAGGCUGAGGAGGUGAAGCAGGAGAGCCUUUUGCUCGGACGCCGCCAGGAGUGGCGCGGCCUGCUGCGUAUCGAGUGUCUUUUGGGCGCUUUGACUGCUGCUGACCAAGCCGCAGCCCUCGACGCGUGCAUCAACAAGAACCAGACCACGAUCGCAGCUGAAGCCUUGAACCUCACGUACCCCACGAAGGUCGGUGCGGUGCCCACGAAGUCCUCGUGCAGCGAGAAGCUCAACGCUCCCGGCACGUCGUACUUCCUGAAGACCUUCUACUCGGGUGUUCCUGAAGUGCUGAUGCCAACCUCCCUCACCACCUACUACUGCGUGUCGGGUCUCAGCACCAGCUACUGCCCAGUGGCCUCCACGACGCUCUCCCUGCUCACCAAGGUCCAGCAGAACCACCUGCCGGUGGUGCCACACAUCAUGUCUCCUCACCAUGCAACCCAGGGGCCACGACCACGGCCCCUCGGACCCCUUGUUCGGGGCCACGCGCUGUGCAUCGGUUCACUGGCCGCGACGACCUGCUCGGAGACCGGCGGAGACGGAACCCAGCCGCUCACAGACGCGAGGGGCGCGGGGCGGAGAGACCAUGAUCGAUGA